ACCGAAAUGAAAAAUUCCUUGUAAAAUGUGGUCAAUGGUCAUGGUGCCGGUCUAAGUUCACACAACAUUUUCUACAACGACUAGAAAAUGAGGUCUCGUAAUUUAGAAUUUGAUAAUAUGUACGGCUGCAGGCAAAAAAAACACACCGAGACCAAGUCAUUAGAGCCAAUAUAGAAUCAACACCUUGCUAUUAUAGAAACUUCAUCAAUAUAAUCAACCAAGAUCGCUAUUUUAGCUAUAUGUUCAACUAGCAUUACUAUUACGUUUGAGCUGCCGGCCCAGUUUCUGUACCAUUUGGAUUGGGAGCUAGCCGGUGGGAUCAAUGAGACAACACAUGAUAUGUGGAGAGAUCCCUGAUUUCAACCUACAAAAAGUGUUACAACAUUGUUACAGUUUUUGUGGACCGAAUAAGAGAUAUAAAUAAUAACAUAUAGAGAUUCACUCUAUAUGUUAUGUGAACUUUCUUACUCCUUUUCUCUUUUAGAUGUAAAUGAAUAGGGCAGCAACACUUGUCGUGUGUUAACAACACAAGGCCUUUUAGAGUCCGGUCUCGUCUAGGGAUGGCAAAAAUAUCCAUAACCGUGGAUAUCCGUCCGAAUUCGAUCUAAUCGGGUAGGGUAAACCCCGAACUCGAAGGAGUUUUAGUGGGUACGGGUAAAACCUGAACCCGAAUAUUGCGGAUAAUGGGUGGACAUGGUUUUCUCAAUAUCCAACACGAACCCGCCCGAUCAUACACAUGCAUAAGUAUUUUGUCUAGAAAUAAUCAAUAUUUUUCUAUAACAUAUUUCAUGUUUAGCAUAUAAAUAUAAUAUUUUUAUGAAAUUGUGUUGUUUUUAAUUAAUUUUCUUCAUUCUAGUGAAUUAUUGUCGUACUUUUCAUCUUACGUAAUGUGAGAAUGCGUGUGAAUAUUAAUAUAUUGGUUGAAGUUAUAAAGAGAAACUAUUAACCAUGGAUAACCGUGGAUACCCGAAACCCGAACGGGUAUGGACAUUGUUGGGUUUUCUACAUAUUUCUUAUGUGGGUAUGGAUAUGGAUAAAACCCAAACUACAAUGAAUAGGGUAACAAAUAUGCACUAUCCAUCACCAACCCGACCCAUUGCCACAGUUUCGUCCUGUACUUCAGGUUUUGGCGGUAUAUAUAUCCUGCCGCGUCGUUGCAAAAGAAAUCACAGAAGAUUUCACCAAAACUAGUCUUUUUCUCCAAUAUUCUCACUAAUCUCCUCCUCACCGGCCGGCGGCUAAUUCAAGUUGCCAGCCGGCACACAUGGAGCUCCUUCUUCAACUCCCAGCCAUCAUUAUCACAACACUACUACUCGCCAUCUUCAUCUUCUUCUCGAAAUCUCGACCAUCCACCACCCACAACCGCAACAUCACUCCACCGCUCCCUCCCUCGCCGCCGACGAAGCUGCCGCUGAUCGGCCACAUGCACCACCUCGCCACCGGCAACUCAUCCCUGCUGCCGCACCGGGCCCUCAGGGACCUGGCCCACAAACACGGGCCCGCGAUCAUGCACCUCCAGCUGGGCCAGGUCCAGACCAUCGUCGUCUCCUCGGCCCAUAUCGCCGAGGCCUUCCUGAAAACCCACGACGUCAACUUCGCCCAGCGGCCUCCCGCCCACUCCGCCGACAUCCUCGCCUACGGCUGCACCGACAUCGUGUUCGCCCCCUACGGCGACUACUGGCGCCAGCUCCGCAAGAUCUGCACAGUCGAGCUCUUCAGCACCAAGAUGAUCAGGUCAUUCGGAUCCAUCAGGGAGGACGAGGUGUCGAAGCUCGUCGCCGCCGUAUCGGCGGCGGCCGCUGCAACGGCAUCGGGCGGCUCCGGGGUUGACUUGAGCGCCAUGUUCUGUAAGUUGACUUACGGCGUCCUCUCCCGGGCCGCGUUCGGCGAGGUGACCGGAGAAGGAAGGGAGGCUUUCCUGCCGCUGAUCGACGAGAUUACGAGGGUGGCGACGGGGUUUAACGUGGCGGAUUUCUUCCCUUCGUUUAAGCUCCUUCAGGUUGUCACGGGUGUGGCCGCGAAGUUGAGCGUGCUUCAUCGGAAGGCCGACGAGGUGCUUGAAUCCAUCAUCGCCGGCCAUGGAGAUCGGAAGAAGGGAAGUAAGAGGCCGAGUGAAGAAGGAGAAGGAGAAGAAGUGCUUUUGGAUGUGCUUCUGAAGCAUCGGCUGGGGGAAGAUGAUUUGGGAUUCUCAUUGACAACCGACAAUAUCAAGGCGGUUCUCGUGGACCUAUUCUUUGCGGGCACAGAGACAACAGCCACAAGUCUAGAAUGGGCCAUGUCAGAACUGGUGAAGAACCCACGAGUGAUGCAAAAAGCCCAAUCCGAAGUAAGGCGGGCCUUUGGGCCCGAAGGAAACAAGGUCGAGGAAGCAAGGGUCCACGAGCUCGUAUACCUAAAAAUGGUGAUACGAGAGAGCAUGAGGCUCCACCCUCCGGUCGCCGUGCUGCUGCCGAGGACCGGAGCCGAAGACUGUGAGAUCGGCGGCUACCACAUACCGGCCGGUUCCAGCGUCAUGGUGAACGCCUGGGCGAUCGGGAGGGAUCCCGAGUACUGGGCGGAUCCCGAGACGUUCUGGCCCGAGAGGUUCCUCGAUAGCUCGGUCGAUUACAGGGGGCUUCAUUUCCAGCUGAUACCGUUCGGGGCUGGGAGGAGGAUCUGUCCUGGAAUGUCGUUCGCUCUGGCUGGCAUCGAGCUUCCGCUCGCAUGGUUGUUGUAUCGUUUCGACUGGAAGCUGCCAGAUGGGCUGGAGCCUGAAUGCCUCGACAUGAUCGAGGCGUUUGGGGCGUCCGUCAAGAGGAAAAACGGACUUUUUUUGGUUCCUAAUUUCGGAGCUUAAUUCAUCUGAGCGAAAUGGUAAUGAAAUUGCUUGUCUGAAAAGUCGUAGUAGUUUUCUCGAUGUUGUGCAUGUAUAUGGUCUAAAUGUUUCUUGGAAAAUCUUGAAAGGAAAAAACUUGAAAUAUGUACACAUCAGUGUAACUCUUGGAAGUGUACAUGUUUCAAGUAACAAAAGAUUACACGAUUGUCAAACAAAGAAGAGCAUAGUGGCGGCUCGUGAUUGAAUGCUCAAUCAACAUCAAAUAAGGCUAAGUGAGACUAAUUUCAAUAGCUAAAUUAACACGGAGUUGAAAGUAGAAGCUUAAUUGGAAAUUAUCAAAUUAUCAUAGAUAGAAAAAAUUAGGAUAAAAAAAAUUAUAUCAUCAUACAACUCAACAACAUCUAUUAUUACUGAAACCAAAAUCGUGGUAGAGCAAUAAAAUAAUUUACAUGGUUAGAAAACUAAUGAUCUACAUUUUCCGUCAUUUUGACGAUUAGGCUAGUAAAAUCUUAUUGUUGACCAAUAGUGGUGCAUAUAUGCCAAAAUUGAAACUAUGGUGUUACUUGGCAUGUCGCAUCCGAAAAUGAUUUGAUAUACAUAGCGAUUCAAAUAAUAUUCAUUAUUUGGAUUUAAAAUUAUCUGCAGAAGGAAAUGUGAUAUUCAACUUAGCUGAUAUUCAACCUAGCUGAUAUAUUCACGAAGCAACCGAGCACACAUCGAUCCAUAUAUGAAUUUUAUUCAAAUUAAAAGAGUAUAUAUGACAUAUACUCGUCGGGGCUGUCAAACUCUAUGGACAGAGCAUAAAGGAAGGGAGGAAUAAGAAGUUGAGUGUCAGCCCCAGCUGCGGCAACGAUUACUAGCUGAACAAAGAAAUAAGGAUUUUUCCUCCGAGAAUACUAGUGUUGCGCUAUCAAACUCCCAUAAUACAAUACUUUCAUCAAAAUUUCCCAAACUACUAGAGUUUGAUAGGGCUCGUUGGUGUGAAAAGCGAACAGGUAUAUUUUAUCUUAACGUGAAUCUAUGCAUCGCUGGUAAUUGCAGCGAUCACCAGUUCCCAGCCAGCCAUCUCUAGUCAGUGGAGCGAUCUCCACUAGAUUGCUUUUGUGUCCGACAAUGAAAUAUAAAUCGUCCUUGACUUUGGUGAUAAAAUAUAUUUGUUCACUUUUGACACUAACAAAUUGCACCAAAAUUCUAGUAAUUUGGAAAAUUUUGGUGAAAGUACUGUAUUACAUCGAAUUUGAUAAUGAAUUUAUGGAAAAAUA